AUGCCUCAGCGCCACAUCAUACGAGGACUAAAGGUGGACUGGGAGUUAAAGGCUGAGCACAAGGAGGCUGCUGAGUCUGAGGUCACUAAGGCGUUGGAGGCUGUUGCCAAAAUGGACGAAAGUCUUAAGAAGGAUUUGAAGAAAGUUAGGGAUGAUAUCAAAAGUGAGAUAGGGAAUGUGAUUCAGAAGUUGGGAGUUUUGAAGUUGGAUGAAAAUGUGAAGAGUGAUUUGGGGAUUUUGAGGGGGAUGAUUGAGGAGCUUAAAAGUAAAGUGGAAGUUAAUAGUAACAGCCUUGUUCAAGGCGAGUUGGAUAAGCUUGCACAAGAGAAGAAAACUCUUGAAAAUGUUACUGGUAGUCCAAAUGGUUCAAUUCAUAAGGCGAUGAGUGAGCUGGAAAGUAAUUUUAAAACUGCGAUCCAAAGUCCGCUUAACGAGAAAGUAGAUGUUGACUCGGCGAUUGGGACGCUUGGCGAGAAGUUUACUGGGCUUAACGGUGAGGAUAAAAAGACAUUUGAAAAGAUUUUCGGGCAUAUUAAAGAUAAGGUUGGGGAGAUUAAGGGGAACGGAGGAACUCAAAAAGGUCUAGAUGGGAUUGUUGCGAAAGUGAAGGAUCUUGCUCGGCGGUUCGUUAAGGGACAUGGAGAUAAUGGUUUUGAGCAUCGAGUAGGCGGAUGGCUGGAAGGUAUAAUAGGGAAUGGGAAAAGGCCAAGGCAAGACGGGUAUAAGAAAGGGCUGGACGCUGUGAACUCUUGGCUUGGGCAGAAUGGUGGUGCGGCAGUGAGAGAACAAGUUAAGAAAAAAAUUAUGGAACAGCUCACAUCCCAAAUUGGUGCAGCUCAGGGGAAGAUUGAUGAACUAAUUAAAAAUAAAAUUGACCAAAACAAAAUCACACAAAAUCUGGACGGCAUCAAGCAGGCUUGCGAAACAUUUGUCAGCGGUCUUGAUGAGCAGAUUAAGCAGGGGGCAAUUGACGGAUUUGCCUCUGCGAUAGCCGGGAGGAUCGAGGGUAAACCUAAAUCCACCAACCCUAAUCUCAAGUCUGCCAUCGAAUUCGCCCUCGUUGCGCUCUGCGCUUCUGUGAGGCAGGUUGGUAACGAACUCCAGUCAUUAGGCAUCGACAAGUUUGGCAAGCUUUUGGACGCUAUAAUGCCGACUGUAGAUAUGCUUAAUGAGAACCUUAAAGCUGCAAAUCAGCAACAACUCACAUCCUCCGGCCAGAAGGAAAGCCCCGCCCAUGCCGUGGACAGUAGGUUCUAG